AUACCGGAUGCGGCCGAGUGAAUCCGGCGAGGACGUGAGAAUCGCGAGUCGCGGCGAGACAGUCUCGGCAUAGGCUUCCGACACGGUGAUCCAGGGGUGCGACAGGUAUGGAUGACGGUGUGCAGAACGGCCUGCAACCUGACCAGAGGUUGCCAACCUUCGAGAAAGGGGAGAAACGCGCGGGCUCCCUCGGCAGCGGCGCGCUGCGCUUCAUACGGACGCGCAGCAGCAUUCGACGGGAACUCAAGCGACAGUGCUAUCGAAACAAGACCGGCGAGUCCUACGGCGCUCAAGACGGCCAUGCUGGAAGCGGCGGAGGUGGCGGCAUAGGAAAGUGGUUGCGGGAACAUCUGGGCGGUGGUUCCAAAGGGAGUCACGAUGUCAGUGGCACGUUUCCGUCGAAGGGAAGCACGAGCAGCGGCGAUAACGGCGGAAACGGCAAGUCCUUAGGCAAGACCAUUUACACCUCGCAAAAUCUCUACUGCAGCCUGCCCAGAGAGCACGGCCGCUACGUGCACAACAGCGGCAGAAAGAUCGGCCAGGGCAAUUCCGCGAAGCCCCAAGGUUACGAUCGACCACGAUCGAACAGCAUGAACUACCAUGAGAAGUCCGCAUUGAGCGACCUCGGGACCUGGACGCGCGGCGGCCCGAUCUACGGCAGCGAGGGCAGGAGCCUGAAAAAACGAAAUCGCGAUCGUCGCCGGCACUCGCUUUACGAGACGCACGAUCAGGGCCGCCAUCGUCGAAGAAGCUAA